AUCUCGUGUGAUGUCACAGAGGACAAAUGGGGCGGCGCUCCGAGGGUGUUGGAGAAUGCAUCAAGUUUACAAACGAAAAAGAGCACGCAUACUCUAGGCCGAAAGCACACACGCGGAUUCACGGAAAGCCAAGAAACAUAAUCAAAUGACGCCGCUGGCGCUUUUUUCGACAGCUGCCGUGUUUAUUAUUAUUUUGCGCGAGAGAGGCUCAAAGAGCCAGUCUGGCUGAGACGGUGGCCGAGUGAGCACAUGAAGGCCCUCUGGGGCCUGUUGGGGGCCCUCAUGGGCCUCCAGGCUGUCUCUUCUCUCAUCUCGCCGCUCUGCAAUCAUCCGGCAAAAGGGAGAACAUGCAAAGUGGAGUGUGUGCCGCGCGAAGUGGUCGUUCCGCUGCCGGCGCGACCGCGUCCCGGCCACAUCCUCAUCCCGGACGUGGCCCUUGUGAAACGGUGCGCCGGCUUCUGCAGCCUCCGCCUAGCGUGCGUGCCGGCCAACAUCUCGACCGUCGUCUGGAAGGUAAUGGACAUUGACAUGGUCGGCAGAGUGCCGACGAAAACCAAGUCGGUGCGGCUGGAACACCACGAGGCUUGUAAAUGUGACUGUGAGAUUAAGGCUGAAGACUGCGCCCCGGGUCAGGUGUAUGACCCGCAAGGCUGCAAAUGCGUGUGUCCUAUUCGGCAAAAGACGUGUCCGGCGCCAAUGGAGUGGAGCGUGGACUCUUGCAAGUGCCUCUGCCCGAACAGGAUUACGUGCCCCAAGGGCAGAUUUUUGGAUCCAAACACAUGCAGGUGCGACACGCGGAGGAAACGGACCAAAGCAGAUAAGUGCGUGCUGCAGACUUAAGGAGAAAGAGAGGAACAGAUGUGUGCAUUGAGCAGAGCAAUACUCUCACUUUUUGCCGCGCCGCCGCCACCCAGAGCCGGCAGAUAAAAGGUCUAAUGUGCAUUGUAAUGGGGUCUGAACGGGCCCCAUAUUUCAUGUAUUUCGCACGGCUAACGACCUGAGGGUAUAAAUCACGGCCAGACUUAUCACCAGGUGCUCUUUGUUGCAAAAAGCAGGCCCAUUUUUCAAAUUUAUUGAAGCAGCUCUUCCCUCACACAGCAGAGAGCAACAGUUUUUUCCUCUCUCUAUUAUAUUCCUUUCCAAUUGAUAUUCUGCAUGCCAAAUGAAACGAUCUUUGUGAGAUCCCCAUCUCUCUUUCUUCGGCGAGAACAUUAUUCCAUUGAGCGGUUGUCAAAUGUAAUCAUAAAGUACAAGAUUGUGAAUGAGAUUCGAUUAUAAUCUAAAUCGAUUUAUUUUCAAACUUGAUUAUAUAUUUUCUAUAAAAUCUGCUGCGAGACUUUUCAUCGUUGUUAUUGAUUGAUUGUAAAUAAAGAUAUUUCA